CAUAGGAAUUGGAGAUGAAAGAAGAAGAACUAGCAGCUCUCUCCGUUUCUCUCUGCUUUUCCUCACAACUUUCUCGCUCCGAUAAAAUUUCCCGCAGAUUUUCUCGGACUUCAAACACUCACUCUCCAAGCUCUUAGAUCUGCUUCACAACUCAACUCAAUGGCGCUUGUUUUACUUCCGUAACUGGAAAUAAAGAAAAAUCUGAUGUCUUGCAAAUGAAAGUAUGUGCUGUGGAUCAGAGUCCUUAAAACCCAGAUUUUCUCCGGUAUCAGUUCCUAUUUCCAUUACAAAAGUAGAACCUCCAACGUAGAAAUGAACCACUUGACUGUUCAAACGGAAGAUACUUUUGCAAGUUUGCUUGAACUUGCAGCUAACAAUGACAUCGAGGGCUUCAAAAGAUCUAUUGAGCGUGAUCCUUCCUGUAUUGAUGAGAUUGGUCUAUGGUAUGGUCGGAAGAAGGGCUCAAAGCAGAUGGUUAAUGAGCAUAGAACACCUCUGAUGGUUGCUGCUACAUAUGGCAGCAUUGAUGUCAUGAAGCUGAUAAUUUCUCUGUCAGAUGCUGAUGUAAAUCGGCCCUGCAGUCUUGAUAAAAGCACUGCCCUUCACUGUGCUGCUUCAGGUGGGGCUGUAAAUGCUGUUGAGGCUGUGAAUUUGCUUUUAGCGUCAGGAGCCAAUCCAAACUUGGUAGAUGCCAAUGGUCACCGUCCUAUUGAUGUUAUCGUUGUUUCUCCUAAGCUCCAAGAUAUCAAAUCGACUCUGGAAGAUCUCCUUAAAACUAAUGGUGUUGACAUUGAACACAAUCUGACAGUCUUAACGGGCAAUUUGAGUUCGAAUUCUCCACCUCUUUCAUCUUCCCCAGAGAAUGGGUCCCCAUCUGCUUCAGAUUUUAUUUCUUCACCAACAAAGAUGAAGUUUAGGGAUCUCCCUGUUCCAUCUGCAUCAGAGAAGAAAGAAUACCCUGUUGACCCAUCUCUUCCUGAUAUCAAGAACAGCAUCUAUUCAACUGAUGAAUUCCGAAUGUAUUCAUUCAAAGUGCGCCCUUGUUCACGUGCCUACUCUCAUGAUUGGACUGAGUGCCCGUUUGUUCAUCCAGGGGAAAAUGCUCGAAGAAGGGAUCCCAGGAAGUACCAUUAUAGCUGUGUCCCUUGUCCAGAUUUUCGGAAGGGGGCUUGUAGACGUGGAGAUAUGUGUGAGUAUGCUCAUGGGGUUUUUGAGUGCUGGCUGCACCCUGCUCAAUACCGAACCCGGCUUUGCAAGGAUGGUACCAAUUGCGCGAGGAGAGUCUGCUUUUUUGCUCACACCACUGAGGAACUCCGUCCAUUAUAUGUCUCUACUGGUUCUGCUGUUCCCUCUCCUCGCUCAAGUACUUCUGGUGCCACUGCCAUGGAUUUUGCUGCAGCCAUGAGCCUCCUACCUGGCUCCCCUUCAUCGGUAUCUGUCAUGUCACCUACACCAUUCACUCCACCCAUGUCUCCAUCAGCUAAUGGCAUGUCCCACUCAGCUUGGCCCCAACCAAAUGUCCCAGCCUUGCAUCUACCAGGAAGCAAUUUUCAAUCCAGUCGAUUGAGAUCUUCCCUUAAUGCAAGAGACAUUCCUGUAGAGGACUUCGAUAUGUUGUCAGAUUUUGAUAUGCCACAACAGCAGCUCUUCAAUGAAGCUUGCAUCUCUCAAGCAUCUAUGAAUUCUAAUUCUUUGAACCGUUCUGGUCGGUUUAAAACCCUAACCCCUUCAAAUCUUGAUGAUCUAUUUUCUGCUGAGAGCUUAUCUCCUCGGUAUACUGAUCAAGCAUUGGCUUCAGCUGUUUUCUCUCCGACACACAAAUCAGCAGUCCUCAAUCAAUUUCAGCAGCAGCAGCAGGGCAUGUUGUCACCGAUCAAUACUAACUUCUCCCCUAAAAAUGUUGAUCACCCUUUAUUGCAGGCCUCUUUUGGGGUUCCAUCCUCAGGGAGGAUGUCUCCGCGAAAUGUGGAACCUAUCUCGCCAAUGAGCUCUCGGGUUUCCAUGUUAGCUCAAAUUGAGAAGCAGCAACAGUUUCGCAGCCUCAGCUCACGGGAACUUGGCUCCAACUCUGCUUCCAUUGUUGGGUCCCCUGUAAAUUCUUGGUCAAAAUGGGGAUCCUCCAAUGGGAAGCCAGAUUGGGCUGUAAGUACAGAUGAAUUUGGUAAGCUCCGCAGGUCGUCGUCAUUUGAGCUUGGGAACAAUGGAGAGGAGCCAGAUCUAUCAUGGGUUCAGUCACUUGUCAAAGAAUCUCCAACUGAUGUCAAAGAAAAGCUAGGAACACACGUCUCAGGUGUUUCAGCUGCUGCAUCCUCCAGUGAGGGUUCAAAUAUGAACCCCCAAAUUGAAUCGGUCGAUCACGCUGUGUUGGGAGCUUGGCUUGAACAAAUGCAGCUUGAUCAUCUUGUGGCUCAGCAGAAUUGAAAUCAUUUUCACUGAGCCCUGAGGUAGUUAACAACAGAAAGGUUUUGGUAAAUAACAUAUGCCUUUUCCAGAUUUUGUUGGCGGUGAGUGUGAGAAGAAGGUAACAGUAACAAAAGAAGAAAGCAAGGGAGAAAGUCGUUUGAAAAAAAGAAAAAAGAAAACAAGAUUCAUUUUCACCAUUCAUUACAAUAGAAGUUAGAUAGGGUGAGAAUCCCUCUGGGUUACAACAUUCAGAAAAAUGAACCCAGUCUAGGUGUUUUUGCCUUUUUGGGCGUCCAAUAUUUUCAAAUUUUAGGAUUAUAUUACUGUCAUUUUUUUCCCCUCAAGAGUACCAUGUUCAGUUAGAAUGAAACUCAGAUCUUUAAGUUCUCAUCUGUACAAUGUUUGGUCUGGUCCAAUUUUUUGGCGUUAAAGAGCAGAGGAUGUUGUUUCUGAUGUGUCUUGGAGGCAAUAACUAGCGUUCCAGUAAAUGUGAACUGAUAAUAGGCUUAUGAAGAAGUGAUGAUUCUAUUCUAUUAUAAUGAUGCGACAUUCAGCUAAAUCUUA